AGCCCGGGGGCACAAUGAUCCCUCCAAGGGUCAGCAAGAGUGCUCGGCGGUCAAGAGGCCGGGGAUGGAGGUCAGGGUGGCGUGGAGCAACCGGCCGGGGGCCGGACGUGACCGGCAGACUCAGGGCUUGACCCACAGGCUCACACAAAAGAGGCCGGAAAGUGUCCGGAGGAAGCGGCGCGUCACGGGGGACGGAGCCGGGACCCUGCCGCGGCCGCCCAGCUGCGUCCCGGGGACACGGCCCGCACACCCAGCCGCACUGCCGCCACCGCCUGCACAGCGGCCGCCGCCAAUGAAACUCCUCCCGCUCCUAGUGGGUUUUUCCACUUUGCUGAUUUGUUCCUACACUCAGAACUGCACCAAGACACCUUGUCUUCCAAAUGCAAAAUGUGAAAUACGAAAUGGAAUUGAAGCCUGUUACUGCAACAUGGGAUUUUCAGGAAAUGGUGUCACAAUUUGUGAAGAUGAUAAUGAGUGUGGAAAUUUGACCCAGUCCUGUGGUGAAAAUGCCAACUGCACUAACACAGAGGGAAGUUACUACUGUAUGUGUGCACCUGGUUUCAGAUCCAGCAGUAACCAAGACAGGUUUAUCACAAAUGAUGGAACCCUCUGCAUAGAUAUAGAUGAGUGCAGUGGAUCAGCUGCCUGUGGUGAUCAUGCGGUAUGUGAAAACGUGGACGGUGGGUAUAAUUGCUCCUGCAAGGAAGGUUAUCAGACAUCCACAGGAAAAUCUCAGUUCACGCCUAAUGAUGGCACUUACUGCCAAGAAAAUGUGAGUGCAGACUGCCAUCUAGAUAAUGCCUGUAUUGCUGCAAAUAUUGAUAAAAGGUUAACAAAAAUUAGACACAUAAAAGAACCUGUGGCUCUGCUACAAGAAGUCUAUAGAAAUUCCGUGAAAGAUCUUUCACCGAUGGAUAUAAUUACAUAUACAGAAAUAUUAGCUGAAUCAUCCCCAUUACUGGGUGACAUGAAUAGCACUAAUUCAACCAAGGACACUCCUUCUAAUUCAACUCUUACUGAAUUUGUAAAAACUGUGAAUAAUUUUGUUCAAAAGGACACAUUUAUCGUUUGGGACAAGUUACCUACGAAUCGUAGAAGAACUCAUCUUACAAAACUGAUGCAUGCUACUGAACAGGCUACUUUAAGGAUAGCUCAGAACUUCCAAAAGACCACUCAGUUCGAUACUAAUUCAAGUGAUAUAGCUCUCAAAGCUUUCUGUUUUGAUUCAAAUCACAUGAAAUAUAUUCAUCCCCAUAUGAAUGUGGAUGGAGAUUAUAUAAAGAUAUUUCCAAAGAGAAAAGCUGCAUAUGAUUCAUAUGGCAAUGUUGCAGUUACAUUUUUAUAUUAUAAGAGUAUUGGUCCCUUGUUUUCAUCAUCUGACAACUUCUUAUUGGAACCUCAAAGUUAUGAUAAUUCUGAAGAGGAAGAAAGAGUUGUUUCUUCAGUGAUUUCAGUCUCUAUUAGCUCGAACCCACCCACACUGUAUGAACUUGAAAAAAUAACAUUUACAUUAAGUCACAUAAAGACCACAGAUAAGUAUAGGAGUCAGUGUGCAUUUUGGAACUACUCACCUGACACCAUGAAUGGCAGCUGGUCUUCAGUGGGUUGUGAGCUGACAUACUCAAAUGAGACCCAUACCUCAUGCCGCUGUAACCACCUGACACAUUUUGCAAUUUUGAUGUCUUCUGGUCCUUCCAUUGGUAUUAAAGAUUAUAAUAUUCUUACAAGGAUCACUCAACUAGGAAUAAUUAUUUCACUGAUUUGCCUUGCCAUAUGCAUUUUUACCUUCUGGUUCUUCAGUGAAAUUCAAAGCACCAGAACGACAAUUCACAAAAAUCUCUGCUGUAACCUAUUCCUUGCUGAACUUGUUUUUCUGGUUGGGAUCAAUACAAAUACUAAUAAGCUCUUCUGUUCAAUCAUUGCUGGGCUGCUGCAUUAUUUCUUUUUAGCUGCCUUUGCAUGGAUGUGCAUUGAAGGCAUACACCUCUAUCUCAUUGUUGUGGGUGUCAUCUACAACAAGGGAUUUUUGCACAAGAAUUUUUAUAUCUUUGGCUAUCUCAGCCCAGCUGUGGUAGUUGGAUUUUCAGCAUCACUAGGAUAUAGAUAUUAUGGCACCACUAAAGUAUGUUGGCUUAGCACAGAAAACAACUUUAUUUGGAGUUUUAUAGGACCAGCAUGUCUAAUCAUUCUUAUUAUUUUAAGGCAUUCUACUUGACCACCAACAUGGACCACAUUUGAAGACUAUCACAUUCCUAGAUUCUUUGAUCACAGAGAACAGUGAAGACAGGCGUCUCCACUAGGGGAUCACUGGCAUAACGCACUAAAUCCUACUCAUGUUUACAAGACCUUCACCACUGAUGUCUUGACUAAGUUCAAUGAACACUAAUGCCAGACAGCUGACCAUGUCACUACUCAUUACUGUUUCACUCUUCUACUUUUGACCAUUUUUAAAAUAAAGUAACUAUUAGCAGUUAAUAUAAUAAAUGUCUAAACAUUUAAGUUUGUGAAAUUUUCAAUGCCAAUUUAAUUUUUCUUUACUGGCCCUUCAUCUGUGGUUUGGUAGUUUUGUAAAGAGCUUAAGGCCAUUAUCUUCCCUACCCUGUCUACUAGGUACGAAUCUUUGCCCUGGUACUUCCUACUUGUGUCACCUUGGGCACAUUAUUUAACCUCUCUGUGCCUCUGUUGCCCUAAUUGUGAAAUAAAUGUAAUGAUAGUGAUAAUAUUAAGAAUAUUAAGAAUUACCCCCAUAAAAGUUGGAGUGAGGGUGAAAUGAAUUAAAAAUAACGCUAGCAAUAAUGUCUAGCACACAGAUAUGCUCAUAAAUAUUGUUUUUGUUAUGGACCCAAGUUUCAAUGUUACAGCAAUUUAUAACUACCUGCAAAAUGCUUUUUAUCCCAGAACAACUGUUCACCCAAUUGUAAAUCCCAGCAGCGCAUGCUUGGUGGGAGAACAUUGCUAUCUUCUAAAGAAUGAACCUCAGGGUAUUUAUACCAUGAAUACUGUUAAUAUCUCAGAUGUUCUGUGAAGGAUACUCUCCUCUUAUAAUACUUAGAACCUGUUUAAAAAUAUUUAGUAUGUUUUCAGAUUGCUUCAACUGUUUCAAAUACUGUACCAUCAUAAUUUCUGUGAGCUUUCACCAAAUUUGAAUUUUUUUAAUGUUUAUUUAUUUUUGAGAGAGAGAGAGAGAGAGAGAGAGAGAGAACAAGCAGGGGAGGGGCAGAGGGAGAGAGAGGAAGACAUAGAAUCUGAAGCGGGAUCCAGGCUCUGAGCUGUCAGCACAGAGCCUAACGCGGGGCUCAAACUCAUGAACCGCAAGAUCAUGACCUAGGCCGAAGUCAGACGCAUAACCGACUGAGCCACCCAGGCGCCCCAAGUUUUCACUAAAUUUGUACUAAUGCAAUUUUACAUCUAAGCUUUAGAAAAUUUAUUUCUAGCCAUUAUUUCCUUAACACAAGUUUGUUAACAGGUGCCGGCCUAAUCCAUCACUUCUCAGCAUAACUGUCACCGUGCACAUCAAGGGAUUUCUAAUGGGAAGUUCUGCCUGGCCAGGAUGUGUUCUUUACUGGGCUCAAACCUUUUGUAUGUGCUUUCGUCCACUGUAUACUAUAUAUUUUAUCAGUCUCUGCACAUACAUGUUCUGGUUCCACAACAAUUGCAGCAUCUGAAAAUUAACCCCCUCUUCCUUUGAGAUCUCUUUUCAAGCUGUCAUAUGUGGAGAGGGUAAUGUCCUUGGGGGUUUCUACUAAGAAGCUAGUGUCAUCAGGUUACAAAAAAGAUCAGAUGUGAAAAUAAUUUUAAAGCUAUGGAGUUGUGGUGGCCGUACAAAACACAGGGUGCCCAAUUAAUUGGAAUUUCAGAUGAACAACAAAUUAUUUUUUAAGCAUGCCCCAAAUAUUGUAUGGGAGAUACUUAUACUAAAAAAGUUUUUGUCAUCUAACUGCAAUUCAAAUUUAACAGGCAUCUUGUCCUUUUAUUUACUAAUGAGACAACCCUAUGAGAAGGGCUUAUCAAAGUGUGUGUUAUACAGAAGAAAAUGUGACAGGUAUAAACUGUAUUUCUGACUUACUGAAAAGGAAGUUGUGUACUAGUUAUAAUUUGUGUUGAUCUUCUAAGAAACAUAGAAACAGAAUCCACAAAUAGGUUUUUGUAUAAUUGAUUAUUCACCACAUAUCUAGAACAUCAAUAAUAAAUACGAGUUAUUGAUAAGUUGGUAUUUUUUUAAACUGGAUUUUAAAUUUUUAUUUAAAAUAUAGGAAACACAGUAUUUCUAGGGUAUUUCAUAUAUAUAUAUAUGUACUUUAUAUUUUAUAUUUACAUGUCUUUUACCUUGCAUAGAUUUCUGUUGCUGUCAAAACAAAUUACCACAAAUUUGGUGGCAAAACAACAAAUCUACUGUUUCACAGUUCUGGAGGUCAAAAGUCUGGGUACAGCAUGGCUCAGCUGUUUCUUCUUCUGAGAGUCCCACUCGGGCUAAAAUUAAGGCCUCAGCCAUUCUAGAGGCUCUGGGGGAAGAAUUUGUUUCCACGCUUCUUCAGGUUGUUGGCCAGAUUCAGUUUCAUGCAAUUGAUUUCCUUGCUGGCUGUCGGACAGAGGUCAGUCUCAAUUUGUAGGGGCCUCCCACAUUUCCUGACUGACGACCUCCUUUGUCUUCAGUUCUCUCUGACCUCCACUUCUGCCUCCUCUCUCCCACCUCUCUUCCGUAGCACCUCGCCGCUAAAUCCCUCCUGCCUUUCUCUUUCAUUUCUAAGGGCUCACCUGCUUACAUUGGAACCAACGGGAUAAUUCAGGGUAACUUAAAGCCCAUAACUUUAUUCUAUCUGCACAAUCCUUUCUGCUGUAUUCACAGGUUCCGGACAUUAGCUGUGCCAAUUUUCUCAGAAGAGGGGUACAUUUUUUGCUUACCACAUAUUCUAAUUUUUUCUGAUACUCUGUAAUUAGCAUAGUAAGUAAGUAAGGGGUGAUUCCAAUUAAGGAAUAAAAUCUGAAUGAAGACAAAACUCUGACUACUUGAUUCCAGUGUAGCUAGUAAAUUUUUUUUUAGGUAAGAGACGAUGUCUUCUCAUUUUAAAGCUUCAACUGCAAACUACUGAGCCAUCUCAGCAGUGAUCUAGGGACUGAAAAUGAGUCAUUGUUUUUUGUGAGUUUUGUUUUUGCUUUUAGUGCCCUCUCAGUAGGCUAGUAGAAACCCACCCUUUUUGUCCAUGGCAGAAGCAGAUUAACUAGGCCAGUUAAUUUAAAGGUAAUAAAACUAUUUGAAAGGACAUAGCAGUUGUAAUCAUGACACAUUCUUAAAUGAACCAGAUUCCAUUUGAUGUAUAUGAAAAAUUAAAGCAUAGGUCUAAAAGUGCUGUAAGAGAAAUUUUCUCAUUCUUUUUGGUGAGAUCUGACAUCAGCAUAUAGAUGGCUUCAUCAAUUAUUGAGAAAAAGACUGAGAAAAGAAAAAUGACUGAUUGGGAUGCUUCAUUUUGAUGUCUGAAUUUGAAGCCCUUGGGUUGAAUGUACCUGUAGGUUUAAAUCUUUCAGAAUUAGCUCAUGCUCUCUCCCCAGCUUAUCUAUGUGAAUUUUUUGUUUAAAAAAAAAUAAGGUACUUAAACAUUUUUAAUGCACUCCAUCAAACAUCAGAGCAUGUGUGCCGGGCUUUGAAGCCACUGCGCGUAUCAACGAAGGUAAGAAAUAGACCUCCGUAUAGAUAAAUAUUCCUUAAGAUGAAGCUAGGGGAAUGACUUUAAAUUUAAAAUACUGCUUUCUCUCAAGGGUUAAGUUUUCAUGAUUUUGAGUGAUUUUUUUUUCGCAGCUAUUUUCAUUCUCUCUAUAUUCUCAAGUGCGGCAAUGAAUUUCAGAGUUCUUGUUUGCCACCUAACGUGCUUGUCUUGCUUAUUAUUCCCAGAAAAGUAUUAAGGACUCCUAAUUGACAAGCUAAAACUGUUUUUUUUUUUUUUAAUUGAAACAAAAAGGAUAAUGAAUGACUCUGUUCAAUUGUAGGUCAUUAAUUAGCCCCUGUGCUUUCAUGGAACUCAUAUUUAGUGAUAAAUAAAAAGGGAACCACAGCUGAUAAAAUCAGCACACAUUGGUAAACAUUAAUGAUCAAGAGUGUGAAUCAUUUGAAAGGCACCAU